AUGUUAUUACAACUAGAUCAAGAAUGUAAAGAUAUAGAUAUAGAUGAAAUGGAUACCAUGAUCCAACAAGAACGUAUAGACAAUAAAAGAGAUAUUUUAUCUAUCAAUACUUCUCUUGUACAAGAUGAACAAGAACAAGAGGAAGAAGAAGAAGAAGAACAAAAUAUGAUGAUUCAAUCAACAACAACAACAACAACAACAAUGAUAUCAAGAGUAUCAAAUCAAAGAUGGUUUCAAUUUAUAUAUGGACAUCAUUAUGGACCAUUUAUAACACUUUUAGUUGUAUUUCUAUUCUCUGCCAUCAUGAAUACCAUUACAAAGUCAAAGACAUUCUUUUUCAUUCAAGUAUUGUCAUUGUGGGCUAUUGGUGUAUCGGUACAUGAAUUUGGUCAUGCUAUCGUUGCUGUUAUCGGAGGUGACACCACAAUAAAAGAAAAAGGUUAUCUAUCAUUAAACCCUUUUGCUACUAUUAAUAGAUACUUUACAAUUAUAAUACCAAUACUAUUAAUUUCAUUUGGAGGAGUUUCAAUGGGAUUACCAUCAGGAUCAAUUGAUUUUGAUGAAACCAAGUUAUAUAUUAGAUCACCGUAUUGGGUGAGUGCAGUUGGUAUGGGUGGUAUGGCCAUGUCAUUCUUUUUUAGUUUACUACUAAGUAGUCCUUUUUGGAGUGGUUACUAUGCCAUUGUUGUUGGAUUACAGGAAAGUUAUUUCUUAUUUGCAUUGGCUUGUUCAGUCUAUUUAGAAGUACAAUCCAUUCUAUUCAACUGUAUUCCAUUACCACCUCUUGACACUUAUAUUGCCUUGUCUCCAUUCCUACCUCAAAUAGUUCGUAAUUUCUAUCGUACACAUGCACAAAAGUUAGAUGUUGGGUGUUUACUAGUAUGCUCAGUGGUUCUCUAUCAAUGGGGUGAUUUCCUAUGGGACUUUACACCAGCCAUCACUUCAGAUCUAUUUGAAAUUCCAAAUCACUAUAUUCAUCAAGCUCUCAAUAUAUUCUAUAUACCUACUUUAUUUGGUUCUGUUCCUCCUCCUAAUUAA